AUGAUCUCCUCACGCCGGCUUGUGCCCCUUCUCGGCUUCGCCUUCAUCCUUUCGGUCCUGUUCACCGUCUACACCCUCUCCUCACAAUGGGAGCCGCUGCCGCCUCCCGUUGAACUGAGCAGACCGGUCGCAACACCCUCUCCCACGCCAUCGCUGCGCUAUAAUCUCACCCGAACGCAGGAGGAAUCUCCCUCUCGGACGCCAUACGCUGCCAAACCACGCUUUCUCCCCGGCGUUCCAAAGGCUCCUGGCGCAAUAUACAGCAAGAUACUCGUUGUACCUCAAGCCGAUGGAGAGGACACUAGCUGGAUUGAAUUUGAACUACCCGAAUGGCAGUCGGCCGUUUAUGCCGUCAAUGAUCCGUCAGCACCUCUGCAUCCGCCCAAAAACAAGGGACAUGAAGUGAUGGUCUAUCUAAGCUAUAUCAUCGAGCACUACGACCAAUUGCCGGACAUCAUUGCAUUCAUGCAUUCGCACCAAUUUGCAUGGCACAACGACGACCUCUUCAACGGCGAUGCAGCCGAGUUGCUGCGACGUCUGAACCCGGCUUGGGUCAUCAGGCAGGGAUAUGUGAAUCUGCGCUGCACUUGGAGCCCUGGUUGCCCUGAUUGGUUGCACCCGGGCACCUUAGUUGAGGAUCAAACAAAGCAGGAAGAGGUCAUGCUUGCUCGCGCCUGGGGUGAAAUCUUUCCCGAUGAUCCGAUUCCCGAAGUCCUAUCCCAGCCGUGCUGUGCCCAGUUCGCAGUUUCACGCGAGCGCAUCCUAGCCAUUCCCCGAGCUCGCUUCGUAUAUUUCCGCGACUGGAUGCUCCGGACAGAACUGAGCGAUUACAUCUCCGGUCGCAUUUGGGAGUAUCUAUGGCAGGUCGUGUUCACCGGUGAGAAUGUGGUUUGUGUCAAAGAACAUAUGUGUUAUUGCGAUGGCUUUGGAAUCUGCUUCGGUGGUGAUGACGAGUACAAUGAGUUUCGCGACCAUAACACUGUUAAAUCCGAGUUGGAGGAGGCACUUCAGGGAUGGACUGUAAGGGCAGAUCUGAUUGAGCUCACUCGAAUGCAUGGACACCUGGGCGAAGAAAGCCGUCUGACCUUUCCCGAGCCCGGAAAGGAUAUCACCUUGGAAGAACAACUGGAGUUUGAAGAAGCGUUAAUCCUUGAACUAUUUGUCAAUGCCACCGAGCGAGGGCAGGAUCCCAAAGCCCGGGCUGCGGAGGUAGGGAGAAUUGGAUAUGCACCUAGCGAAAACCAGCUAGCUGGACUUGUUGAGGCUGCUACAGCAGCUGCCGGUCAAGACGUCUCAGAAUGGGCUGCGGCUGCUGCAGUCGCUGCUGCCGCCGGGGCAGCUGGCAAUGCACAUCACCUAGAAGGCUAUGGACCGGACAUACACAUGGAUGAUGACAGCUUCGCAGAUACGAGUUUCACCACUGGGCUCAAUGGCGGGCGAUCCCUGCGAGGACCCGGAUCAGCUGCGGCGAACGAGCACAAUCAAACAACUGGGUUGACAAGAGUUGGCACGAAAAAGAGGAAGAGAAACGAGGACGCUCUUGAUCCCGCGUUGACAGGCGGUGCGCAUGUUGGCUUAGCGGGUGACCAGCAACCACAUCAUCACAGUCAUCACCCACAACAUCAGCAGCCGCAGCAGCAGCAACAACAACAUCCGCAUCACUAUAGUGGUGAGGGCCUAGAUCUUCGAGGUACCCCACCACAGUCACUAUCUGAAGCUCGUGCCGUAGGCUUACACUCUGCGGCUGCGCUCUUUCGCCAACCUUCUAGUAACAAAAAGUACACUCGUCCCCCCAUGUCCAAAUUGUUCGCCUCCCUCGAGCUCUCCCCAGAAAACUUCUUGCAUCUUCAGGCAGCAGCUAAAGCAUACAUGCUCGAUGAUCUCCACCCUGAGCGACGUGACUGUGUAGGCCAGCGCGGGAAGGGAGACACAGAGAUGGUCAAGCUACGGCUUUGGAAUUGUGUACGUCAUUUUCUUGAGGGCGAGGGUCAUGGCGAGCGCUUCUUUGGGGAGGAUGUCGUCAACGAAGGCAUGGGGCCCAGAACAUACAUCUGGCCUCGGGACCAACAGAAAAUCAUUGCAUUGGUCAUACCUCUACUACGGCGGAUGGUGACCAAUGAGCGACAGCGUCAGUAUGCCGUCGAAACUAGAAAAGGUGGCGGGGCAGAGGAGCGACGGCGACGGAAGACGGAGGAGGGUCUUCAAAAUCUCAAUGCACACACGCCAACCGAAGACCACUUACAAUUGCAUCCUCAGCCCCAACAUCAACAUCACCAUCAUCAGCUUCAUGAUGACUACACUGCAGUCCAGACCCCGAUGUCAGCGUCGCAGCCGCCCCUGGGCUCCACCUCGCAAACCGCGGAUCUGGGUUUGACGGAGCUCCUGCUUGACGGCUAUUCCACCGAUUGGAAUGCAUUCGCGAAAUCUUAUGACAUGUAUAAUCAAAACUGUGAACUCGAUAAUCUCUGGUAUUUGUCGGGCUUGCAGCAGCCGGACUGGCGAGGCUUGGUUGCUGCAAUCGAUAGCCAUUACCAGGUCAUCCACAAUGGUGGAUACGAUUGUCCCCCGCAGUGUGAAGAUGCGAAUAUACAACGGAUACUAGAUGCUAAUGCUACAUCUGACCUACGGUGGCGAAUUGGGGGAAACAUUCGACAGCCCUCCAGGAACGAGUUUGCAAGCAGCGUUACUCGCGACAUCUCACGCGUGAUUCGCGACACUCUUGCUGUCAAGCAUGAGCCGCACGGCACAUCACACGAUCCGGCGUCAGCGCCACAACCUCAGCACUUUCCGCCCCCCAGUAACCCUCCGAUGACCGGAUCUGCUGCGGUCGGCAAUGCCAGACAAUCCACGUCGUCUAUGUCUGUUUCUCUCCGUAUCAAUCUUAUUCAAGACGGCAAACGUACUCAUUCUCGGCUUGAUGUGCCCGGUAGCCAGUGCCCUGACCUGGAGACCUUGAAGCAAGUGAUCUCUCGCCGUUUUGUAGGGCAGUUGCCAGGGUUUUCAACCGAGUCCGGCUUAGACUCGGCUAGCGGUUGGGCUUCAGGAAUCAAUUGGAAGCUCAAGGUAUGGCUUCCGGACGGAUUAACGUCGGUGCAGAACGACGACGACUGGGCCAUCGCCCUCCUGUCCGCGGGUAACGUGGACUGGAUGGACGAUGAACUGAGAGUUUUAGUUGAGUUCGAGGAAGCAUCUUGA